AUGCCUCCUCCUGAAUACUGUGAACCUUCAAUGGUUACUCCCAGAAGCGAUGAUACCAUUGACUACUUGGCCAUUGCUCCACCACCCACACCCCUCUCUGUUUCCCCUCCUCCCCCCUCUGUUCCAGCUGUCCCUCGGGGUCGUAAAUCUCGUGCUGCUCAACAGGUCACUCGUGAUGUUACAGCCACUGUAUUUGAAGUGGUGAUCCACAAAAAUCAGCCGUCUAAAUGUGUGCACACAGCAAAUAGGAAGACAAAGUCAAAGAAGCAAGAACCCAAGGCCUAUGGUCCUAUUGACGUCAACAUCAUGUCACCUUGGGAUGACUUCAUUACUUUGUUGCUGAUCUCAUGUUUUAAAUGGAAGUGGCUCGUACCAAAGAACUUGCCAUGGUUGCCGCUGUUGACUAAAGAAGGAUUUUCUUCCUUGGUAAAUCAAAUCACCAUGAAGGUGGCAACGCCAAAGCCAUACAUCAUUCUUUCGAUGAACACAGCAGCAGACAGUAUUACCACUGCACCAGGGGCCCUACCUCCACGUCUUGUCCAAGCGGCUGUACAGUUAGCGGCUCCUGAAGGUGAGGAUGUGUACAAUUGGGAGGUUGAAGACAGGUCUAUCCUGAAGAAGAGUAAGCUGGAUGAUGAGAUCGAGGAAAUUGUUACAUUGCUACAGAAUAAAUACAGGCCCGGGUUAUGCAAUAAGCAUCAUACAUUAUGGUGCUUCCACCAUUGUUCCAGCAAUCUCCACUUCUACAUGAAUCAGCCCCGUUGCAUUGUCUGGGCGCAAGCCAUCAAGCAAGGAGAUGCAACACUAGAAAAAUUGCCAGUUGGUGCCAAUUUUUUCAAGGCUGAGCAUGCAAUAAAAGAUUGUCAGCCUGCCCACGUCAAACCUACAGCUACCAGGCCUACACCUGCCUCCGUUGAAGCUACAUCUACCCCAGCAAACCCUCCCAUCAGCAACACCUUCAGUUAUCCACCAAAUUUCCACUAUAACAGCCCAUUUUCACCCUAUCCAAUCAACUUUGGUAUGCUGGGCAUGGGCCUACCAAUGGGAAUAGGGUUCAAUGGUAUCGGUUUACCUUGGAAUACAACAAUGCCAUCUACAGGCCCCACACUGCCUACAAGUCCCUCAAAAGCACACUUAGAAGACAAUCACCGUUUAUCGUUGCCUCCAGUCAAAAGUUGCAGUGUUUCAGUCUUCUGUGAGUUAUAUGGCCUUAGUAAAAGCAUUCAGAAUGGGUUGGAACGGCUUGGUUUCAAAGUAGGUGAUGAUUUGGAUAGCAUCAAUGAGAACUAG